AUGAAGAGAUUCCAUACAUCGGCAUCGAUCUCAGCAGCUCUGAUUAUGUUACUUCUAGCUUUGUUUAGCAGCAAGAAUAAUGUAGAGGGUCGUCAGAUGGCACCAACUUCCAUGGAUUUCACAUCUAGUAAAGCUGUGAGAGAUUUGCAGAUAAACAAGGGGAACAAGGAAGAGUCUCUAAGAGGUGAAAAAGAUAGCUUCCGAAGAAUCCCAAGGUCUGGCUCCAGCCCUAUACAGAACAAGAUCGAUCCCCUAACUGAUGUAGGAGGAAAUAGGAAACAGCAAACCACAGCAAGAGAACCAUAGAUAUCAUUUUCUUUUGUCUUAGAUCUUUCCUUCUUUUUUUAUGUGGUAGUAUAGUGUAUUUUUUUCACUUUUUUCUGGAUGCUGUAAUGUAAUUGAAAGUUUGAAACAUAAGAAACCAUCUUAUAAGCUUCCUACUGUUAACAGUUCCUAGAGUAGACUUAGACCUCUAUAAGUUCUUUUGGAUUGUACUAAGACGGUUUUUAUUAGAUCUAGCCAUGAAGGCAUCAACUAUACUGUCAUCUUCAUAAAAAAUUAGGUAUGGAAAAAAAAGUGCACAGAGAUGAGAAAAAUGCAACUUCGAUUAAAUGACAGA